UCUUUGUUUCUGCAAACUGCAAGCUUGCUGCAAUAGUGCAAUGACUCAUCUUCGUUUUUAUCUUCAUCUUCAACCGGUAUCAACUUGCACUUUAUCUCAGUAUUUUUCAGUUUAGAUUUGAAUAAUUUUUAUUAAAAAGGAGUAAUAGUUCAACAUCAUCUAUGACCUCAUCACAGUAGAUUUUAAUAGCUUCAAUCGAUGAGGUUUGUAAAGCUCAAUUCCCUAUUUCAUGGGUUAGAUAGGUUAUCAAGAGCUGUUUUGAUUUCGAAUAUGUCAAGUUGUCCUCUUCGAAUUACUAAAAUGACUAAAGUAGAAUGGCAGAGUAAACCUGUAAAAGGCUUAUUGAUAGACAUCAGUGGAGUUUUGAAAACUGGCAUUGAAGCCAUACCUGGAUCAGUUGAAGGGCUACGAUUACUCUACGAAUCUGGUAUACCGUUCAGAAUAGUGACCAACGAGUCACAGUGCAAUGUUAGUCAGCUUCUCAGGAUGCUGCAAAGGAUGGGCUUCCAUUUGAAAGCAGACGACAUAUUUUCACCAAUUCCUGCCGUUGUAGAACUACUUCGCAAAGAAAAUCUUCGACCUCACCUCAUUGUAAAUCCAAGUGUUGAAAGUGAAUUUGACGAAUUCAAAACUGAGGAGGAACCGAAUUGUGUUGUUAUGGCUGAUGCUCAAGAACACUUCAACUACGACAGUUUGAAUAAAGUUUUUCGACUCCUCAUUGAUAUGGAAAAACCUCAAAUAUUUACUCUUGGCACUGGGAAAUACUAUGAAGGAGAUGAUGGUCUAUUACAUUUGGAUGUUGGUCCUUUCACCAAGGCCAUGGAAUAUGCGACAGGCUUGAAGGCUCGAAUUGUUGGAAAACCAAGUUCUGAUUUUUUCCUGUCGGCUUUAGAUGAUUUGGGAAUCAAACCUGAGGAGGCAGUAAUGAUAGGAGAUGAUGUGGUAUCGGACGUGGGAGGAGCCCAGAACAGCGGCAUGAGAGGAAUUCUCGUCAGAACCGGCAAAUAUAGAACUAAAGACGAGCAGCAUGUUAUCAAACCCGACGCCAUAUUUAAUAAUUUCAACGAUGCCAUUCACGCCAUUCUUAAUAUCUGAAUUUUUUAGAUUAUAUAUCUAUAUCUUUAGCGUGGUCGUGACAAUUUUGUAUAAAUUUUAUAAGAAGAAAGUGAUUUUAGCUGUAGACAUACCUGGUGAUGUAAAAUUUCCUAGUUCAGUUGGGAAUUUUCAAAUAUUUUGUGAAUUAUCGGUGAUAUUUAGCUUAAUUUUAUGCAACUUUAGUUUUCUUCAAAAGUAGCAUUGUUGUUAGGAAAUAAUUUUAUCAUUGGUUAUUAUUAUACCAAGUAAAAGUAUUUUACAAAUUGAUUGAUUUUUUGUGAUAUAUGAAUGAUAAAUAGCUCAGUUUUAUCAAGUCGCUUUCUGUAAACUUAUCAUCAAACAAACAAAAAAAAAUUUUUUCAUUUUUAUAUCAUCACAAACAUAUUCAAGAUUCAAGGCUUGAAUAUAGCAGAAAAGUAACUUAGAAACUGAAUCAGUGAGUAUAUCAAAUGUAAUAUGCCUCCCUAAAUGAAAGAUAAACAAAUAUUGCAGUUCAAUAGAAGAACAUUCUUCUAUGUGACUACGAUCAUCCCAAUCUAAAAUACAUUUCUCUCCAACAAAAAACAUAAAUUAGCAAAUAUUAUCUCUUAUUCUCAAUAUUAAACGUAUUUCUUAAUUCCUAACACAACUAAAGAUAAAACAUUACCUAACUUCAACACAAAUCAACUUCAGCAAAUGAAGUAGAAUAAAGACACAAUCCAUAUAUUUGGUCUAGUAUGAUAAUGUAUAUUUAUGUGUAGGCACUAGAAGGGUAGAUUGUAAAUAUAACAAUAUUAUGAGUAUGUUUGUAAGUAUAAUAUGAUCAUUCUAGCCUUUGCUGUUCAUGAUCAUUUCUGAUUCUUCAAAGUGCAGGUAUCUUGUAUGAAAUAAAGAUACAGAGAACUGUAUGAGUCAUGGUUUAACGGUCGGUUAGAUCAGCGAUGUCCUCUAAAACGGCGUUUAGCAGGUUAAUACGGCUCUGCAGCCGAGCCCUGUCGUCUAGGGCGUCUUUUGCCUCUGCAGCGUGUCUUUCAGUAAGUGCUAAUUGUCCAGUUUUUGCUCCAAGAUGGAGCAACCUCCGCUUUCAC